UUAAAAUACUUGCACAAAAUCACUAUUCUUUAUCUCAUAGUUAUUAUCCUUUGAAAACUAUGAAAAAUUUUAUUCGCAAAUUCUCUUGUAUUAGUGACUCGUCGAGUUACUCUCUCCUCCAAUCCAACUCAACCAAAUCACGACGUGCCGAAUCAGUCCAGUCGGAUUAUGUGCCCGAGGGUCAUGUCCCAGUGUACGUGGGAGAAGAAAUGCAGCGGUUCGUCCUCAAUGCAGAACUACUUAACCAUCCAGUUUUUGUGAACCUCCUCAACCUAUCAGCACAAGAAUACGGAUACAAACAGAAAGGUGUGCUUCGAAUUCCAUGUCGUGUUUCUGUAUUUGAGCAAGUUCUUGAAGCGAUUCGACUCGGCCGUGACCCACAAAUUAUUCGCAACCUCCUCGGUUCCUCAUCCGACGAGGCUUCCUAGAAGUCUCAUUUCGUUGCGGCAUAAUUUAUGAAAUAAUUGAUGAAAUAAUUGACAAAUUAAUAUGUAUUUGUAAUUGUUACAUCCACCAAUACUUAUUAUAAAAAAAAUUAGUUUUUAAAUAAAUUAAAUAAUUAAUAUAUUUGAUACAUAUAUUAAUUAUUCAAUGUAUUUAAAAGUGAUUUUUUUUUUAUUAUAAGGAUUGAAAAAAAAUCCUAGUUGAACUUUAUUUUUAGUGUAAAAUCACAGUCAACAGAUAAUAAUAAAGUAUGUGAAUGAUUUAAAAGAA